AUGAUGUGGCUAUACACUGUUUCGCAUAUCAUUUUAUCGUUAUUGGUAAUUCAAAAAAUUAAUGGAAUUUCAAGUCCUCUUCAGUCAUAUACAAGUUAUCGAUAUUCAACUGAACUUCAGCGUAAUGUAGCUGAUCUUUGGUGGACAGUAAAUGAAACUCAACAAGAAAUUACUUUCGAAUUACAUAUUAAAACAACAGGAUGGAUUGCUUUGGGCAUUAGCCCAGCCGGUGGAAUGAAAGGUGCCGAUAUUGGACUUGGAUGGGUUGAUGAAGGAGGUCAAGUUCGUUUUCAAGACCGAUAUGCGAAUAGUUCCUCGCCACCAGUCAUUGAUAACACAACAACAGAUUGGCUCGCACUAAAAGGUCGUGAACAAAAUGGUUGGACAACCAUUCAAUUUAAACGUUCUCUUGACACUUGUGAUAAAAUGGACGUUCCAAUUAAAUCUGGUACUAAUACUCUUAUCUUUGCAUAUGGUCUUGUAGAUCCCGAUAUGUCUCAAUCAGAUGGUUUAAUUUAUUAUCACGAUAAUCGAAGAAGUUCGCGCAUUGUUCCCCUUCAAUCUUAUCUUAAUCCAUCACCAGAAGAAAAGUUUUGCUGGUCUUGA